AUGAGUCAAACUAGCCUUGUCGAAUCGAGCUCUUCCGGCGAUACUCCUCGUAACGCACUGUCACUUCGGCUAGAGACACCUUUUGUCCCUGAAGGAUCAACUCAUACCACUAAGCAAUCUUUCAAUAUUAAGGGCCACUACGUCUAUGAAACAACAGCCACCCCAGCCACCCCAACCUAUCACAUCGCCACUCUUCGUCGAAUUGGUGCAGCUACCGGAAACGAUGCUUUCAUCAGAUACGAAGACGACAUGACCCUUUAUUCUGGCGAAAAGAUGAACAUCCCCUUCAGUCUUGGCGUUGGUCUCGGCCCCACGCCGCUCAUUGUAAUCAGAGGCCAGAAAAGAGGCACUAUCCAAGGAAGUAUCGUGAUGGAAAAGUCCGGCCGAUCAAGCAAAUUCUACCACAUGGUUCCUAUCAAGCGUGCCUUGACCAAGGUGGAAGAGGACAGGAUGCAGGCACUUAUGCAUAAGCGGGGAUACCGUGAUUCUGAUGACUGGAAGAAGAAGCUUUUGUUGACGGUUCAAGAGCGCCCAACCAAGGAGUUGGAGUGGAUUGAUGAGUAUGGAUCGGUUGUUGCGGUUGAGAAAGACGCAAAUCUGGAAUUUCCAGGAGAGAUACAGAUGGAGAAGAAGGACCUUGUAGUUGCGUGCUGGGCAUGCCGGGGAUUUGUACUUGAUAAGGCUGCCUAG